AUGAAUUUUCAGGGGCAAGGGCGCGCUUGCAAAGAAGGCCACCGAACAUAUCUAAUUCGAUUGUGCAUUCAGAUUGAAUAUCGACUGACGGUAUGCCCCGAACUCUGCUUAGGAUUAUUUGUUCGUAAGGGCAAAAGUAGCCCAGAGAGCGUUAUCCGACAAGGGAUCACCCCGGUCUACAGCCCAUCAGAAACUUCGAGUCGUGAUGAACUUAUCGCACACACAAUUUCCACCAAGUCAAUCUCUCCUGUUGUCACAGACGAGGAUAUGGCUGUCCCAUCUGCGUGGAAGAUAAACCCGACCGCUACAUACGACGUGGGGCAUCGACCUGAAGGCAGAACUAUCACUUUGCAUUCACUGGCUGUCGCGCCCCAUUUCCAGAAGUCGGGUUACGGCAAAACCCUCAUGGCAUACUACAUCGAGCACAUGAUGCAAACGGCACAGGCAGAGAGAAUUUCCAUUCUCACUUACGACAGGCUGGUUUCGUAUUAUGAAAAGCUGGGCUUUACACACUAUGGCAAGAGCCAAUCCGAGCUUACGUAUUCAAUAUUGCGUGACCAACGUCGCGAAGACAUUCCUAACGAUCUAGAAGUCUUCAGUUUAUACGUCCAAAUUUCUCCUUGGCAGCUAGAUCAAGCGUCUUCUCUUUGGCGUCGGAGCAUCGAAGCUAGGCUCUCCGCUGCAGAGGCGAUUACGGCUGAUAGCGUUUUCAUCUAUGAUGGUGAACAUUUUCGCAGCUGCCAAAAUAGCCAAAAUGUCCAGCCGAAGGCAUAUCAUUAUCGGAUAAGUUUCAUAGCUCAGUUUCACGGAAGAACCCCAGACAACCUCACAGGGGAGGUUGCGGAUAUCUGCUACCCAUGUAUCAUCAAGAAGUGGGAGACCAUGGAUAGGUGCCAAACUUUUCUCCAUACAGGUUCAAGCCUUGACGUCGGGUGCAAUGUCAUAUCAAUGGUUACUCCACGAAACUUAUUCAUAUCACAAGCUAUCGGUCAGACUUAUAUGUCACUCAGACUGCUUGUUGCCACUAUUCAGCCGACAUCUGGGCAUGGAAGCUCUUUUCCGAGUUCAUCUCAUUGGGCCAGAAGAUACGUCAACUUCACCUUCGUAGGAAGUUCUUGCCAAUAUCUCCCUCAGAUCGAUAUUGUCAGUAAGCCACGACCCUACGUUUGCCCAGAACAUUUGGCGGCAUCCGUCACCGCUGGAACCAUGGAAACGACCUGCUGGGUGAAUUCGCAAAAGUUGAAGCACCUUUGGCUUAAUACCCUCAUGGCUGGACUUCUGAUAUAUCUGAGCUUCAUCCUCUUGUACCUGUUUGCUCGAGUUUCAGUGUGGCCACCGCUUCAGCUUGAGCUAGCUUGUACGCCUGAAUAUCGCACCCUGGCACUUGUGACUGGAGGCAUGUUUAGCACCAUACCUAGGCCUAAGUCACUGACAACCUAUGUUCGAAACACGUCACAGAACCUAAUAUUGAGCUGGCAGCGACUGACCCAAGUAAUCUCUCGCGCUCUGCAACAUGAAGCUGUGUUAUCUGCAAUACCGGUCCAGGCUAACCGAAGAUUCUUGUCCCUUACAAAUCUGGCAAAGACACAACAACACUCUGAAAGUCUAAUUUGGCCAAUCGUGUCCAAUAGAGAGAAAGGACACGCCUCAAAACUCUGGGGCUUUGCUUCUCGAUUGCAAUCUGGCUACGGAGUACUCACCUCCGUAACACAGCUGGAUUAUCUUAAGAGUGCCUUAUCCCAGCGCUGUGGUGUAGUGGCCCAGACACAUUCGAUGGCAAAUUGCUCGGUGUUUCCAGUCUAUGGCGGCGAUCGUUCUAGACAGAAACACGACCCUGCUGCUGUUCCCUCCCUUUUAGGUAACGUUUUGUUGGCUAGGUCGCGAAUCCAACUCAUUCAGGAUCAGAACGGCAUGUGCCGCACAUUUUGA